AUGGGCUGCUGCUCGAACUGGUCACCCACCUCCAAGCGACUGUGCGCCUUGGGCACUACGACGGGUCUCUGUGUGUUUGCACUGGUACUUGGUCUGCUAUGGCCAGCACUCAUAUGGGAAAUUGCCAAGAAGGAGUUUGUGCUGGAACCGGGCACCGAAGUGUACAAGAACUGGAUAGAGCCACCGAUCGAUACGUACCUGGAGAUAUACCUGUGGAACUGGACCAAUGCGGCCGAGUAUCAGACGGAGAAGCCACAUCUGGAGGAGCUUGGACCGUAUACGUUCGUCGAACGGCACGAGCGAGUGAAUCUCGUGUGGAACAACAACGAUACGCUGACGUUUCAGCAGCGCCGUAUAUGGCACUACGUCCCAGAGAAAUCAGUUGGCAACUACGAGACGGAUCGUGUCAUCACCAUCAAUCCCGUACUUCUGACCGUUGGUUAUGCAUUGCGAAACGAGCCAGAAUUUCAGUUCUACGUUGAUGGCAUCAUUAUGAUCAACAAUCUCGCUACUUCACCCUUCUACGAUGUGCUGGUGCGGGAGAUGAUUUUUGAAGGUUACGAUGAUGAGCUGCUAACGAGCUUGCUGGCCCUGCUUGCACUGAUCCCCGAAGAAUCCCGACCUCCGAUUGAUCUUCCACCUUACGAUCGGUUCGGCUGGUUCUUCGGUCGGAAUGGUAGUGAAACGUACGACGGAACGUUUACGAUCGGAACCGGUAAAGAUAACGUUCAUAAUACCGGCCUGAUGCGACUCUGGAACGGGGCAAAUGCGACCGAUUACUAUCGUGGCGCUUGUGGACAGAUACGUGGUACGACGGGUGAAGUUUGGCCACCAUGGGGACGUACGUUAAGCGGUACGCCACCGAACGUUUCCGUCUUUGCACCGGACGUUUGCAGCUCGGUAACGUUACAGUACGCGGAAGAGAUGGAACGUUACGGGAUCGAUGGUUUGCGCUGGAUCGGGAACGAUCGUGUCUUUGACAAUGGGGUAAACUACGAGGAGACGGAGUGCCAGUGUACGGCGGAGGAUGUGGAUACCUGUCCGGUGCUGGACAAUGGUGCGAUGGAUGUGUCACGGUGUAAGUUUGGUGCACCGGCCACCGUUUCGUUUCCCCAUUUUUAUCUAGCGAACGAGAGCUAUCUCACGGGCGUUAGUGGGAUGAAGCCGAACGAGAAGGAACAUCGGUUCGAGAUGGAGCUGGAACCGUACACCGGGGUGCCGUUGGGUGUGAAGGCACAGCUGCAGGUGAACCUGAACCUUCGACAGUACGGAAUGACAUUAUUAAGAGGCAUCCCGGAGGUGAUGCUACCGGUGCUAUGGUUCCGCCAAACGGCGAGCCUUACUGAUGAGCUAGCGGAUGACAUAAAGUUGAUUCUAAUACUUCCCGACAUUGGUGUAUACAUCGCGUGCGCAUUAGGAGCCAUCGGGAUCAUUGGUCUAGUGCUAGCCGUGUACUUUUCCUUUACCAGAUGGAAGCUGCAGAGUACAGCAGCGGCACCACCAGUGGAAGUUAAAGCGGCACUAGAUUAA